CUCUUUUACCAUGCCGUUGACAUGAUUUGGCCUCCACAAAAUACUGCAUCUUCUAGUUGACAAAAUCUAUAUUUCAAUAUACUUGCUGAAUUACAUGAAUCAUAAUAGCAAGUAUAGGAUUUUCUGAUUAAGUAUGCAAAUGAGAAGUAUGAUCAUAUCACUCAUCCUACAUCAUUAUUAUUGUGAAAUGGAUGUAAGAAAAUGUAGACUUCCCUGAAACAAUUUCCAACGCAAAAUUUGAACUCACUAAGGUUUCCUUAGACAUCCCUAGCCUGGUUCAUAGUAAUAGGUUUCAUCUUUCUUCCUUAAUUUCUACACUUACCUAUUUCUGGUUUUGAGUUCCCCAAAGAAAAUGGCAUAAAAAGUAGAACAGUACCAUCAUUACACAGCAUUACGACCAAAAUAAGAUUUCUGUGAUAUUAUAGCUCAUCUUGAGUUUUUGUAGCAAUCCUCAUUGAAAGUUUUUAUCAAAAAAGCAUCAGCAGUUCUGCUAGGGCGACCAAACUUUAAUAGCUAUCCUGUACACUAGCUCGGACCCUGGAAACAGUCUGGCACCCAGGUUAGUUCAAAGGUCAACAGCUGAUUUAUACAUAUACAUGUAUGUACUAAGUGGCCAAAGUUCAAAACAUGAGUACAGUCGGCACGAAGACGCAACCUUUGGAAACGCUUGUUGGUCUGGAGAUCAAAGUUUGCAAAUUUGGUCGAAGUCUGAAUGAGAUCUCAGAAGAGUUGUGAACCCUUAAGAUAGGAGUAGUUAGUGAAGUUACAAGAGGGAACAAAAAUGCUCCAGCCCAGGGGUGACAGGAAGGUGUUGUGCGCCGGUCUGAUCUGUCUGGAUAUCCUGAGUGUGGUGGACCACUACCCCGUGGAGGACACUGAUAACAGAAUUGAACGUCAGAUCUGGCAGAAGGGAGGGAACUGUGCCAACAGUGCGGCUGUGGUGGCACAGUUAGGAGAACAGACUGCGUACUUCGGAACUUUGGCUACAGGAAGGGCAGCGGACAUGGUUCUGGAUGAGAUGCGGGAGUUUGGGGUGGAUGUGGACCAGGUUGUAAUGCAUGAUGGGUAUGCCUCUCCCUCCUCAACUAUCAUUAUCAACACCAGCACAGGGACCAGGACUAUCAUACAUGCUGACAACAACCUACCUGAGUUGACCUUGUCAGAUUUCCACAAGCUAGACCUGGACCAGUACAAGUGGAUACACUUUGAAGGCCGCAACAUGACAGAGGUUGCUAAGAUGGUGGAUGCUGUGCAGGAGUAUAACCGCAGUCGCUCCAUGGAGGACAGAGUCAUCAUCUCCGGGGAGUGUGAGAAAGCCAAAUAUCAUCCAGAACACUUCAUCUCGACAGUAGAUGUAAUGUUUGUUGCUAAGGAGUAUGCCCAGCAUCAUGGCUUCCCCACAGCCCAGGCAGCAGUGGAGGGGUUUCACAGAAGGGUCAAGAAAGGCGCCACGGUGGUUUGUGCAUGGGGAGAGUUGGGAGCAGACGCCAUGGGGCCUGACGGUGUCCACCACCACGCUGACGCCUUCUCCCCUGACCAGGUUGUCGACACACUGGGGGCAGGAGACACGUUUAACGGCGCGAUCAUUGCAGCCAUGUGCCGCAGCCUACCUCUGGAGGAAGUGCUGAAAUUUGGCUGCAAGGUGGCUGGGAGGAAAUGUGGACAGUUUGGGUAUAGAGGACUAACUAUUGGAGAGUAAAUUACCCCAACAUUACUGUUUGAAAGAGUCCUCAAACAAAAUGUACAAUCUUCCUCAUAGUGUAAAUACUAUCAUCAAUGAAAAUGUGUAAUGAAAAUUUGUGUUUUAGUUUUCAAAGUA